AUCACACAUUGAGCACUGUCUCCAGCACGUGACAUAGCCCAGGACUGGAAGUUCAGGAAACUGCUGUGUCUCCCAUCACGGAGCUGCUCCGACAGUCCCACUCCCACCCCCCAGGCUGACACUGCUGGGACCGAAGCCCCUUUGCCAUGGUGGCUCCAGUGACACGAGGGGGCCCUGUUUGGCUCCACACAUCCCACUCUCACAGUCAGACCAGGUUCCUCAUCAGCUCAGCCCCAGGUUCCCUUUAAGGAACUAGAGGGUAGAGCCCACCCUCAGCACCCUGGCAGGUGACACGACAAAAGGAUAGGGACAACCAGGGUGACCUGGAAAAGCUUGAGAAGUAGGACCACAGGAACUUGAUGAAGUUCACCAAGGCCAAGUGGAGGGGGCUGCACUUGGGUCGAGGCAAUCCCAGGCAUCAGCACAGACUGGGAGAAGGGCUGAGAGCAGCCCUGCAGAGAAGGACUUUGGGGGUUUUGGUGGAGGAAAUGCUGGACAUGAGCCAACAAUGAGCGCUGGCAGCACUGAAGGCCAAGUGCAUCCUUGGGGUGCAUCAAAAGAGGGGUGGCCAGGGGGGUGAGGGAGGGGAUGGUCAUCCUCUACUCUGGGGGGUUAGGAUGAGAUCAUCUUUAGGGUCCUGUCCAACCUAAGUCAUUCUGUGACCCUGUGAUUCCAUAAGAUGGCAGCAGUUCCAUUGUUCCCAUCACAGCCCCAUCAUGUCCAGGGACACAGGUGACAGUUCUCCAGAGCUGCUGAGGGUAGGAAGGUUCCAGAGCGGGUGUCACAGAGGCCAGGCUGUCCCAGGGCAGGGGGGUCGCUCCCAGCACAUCUCUGGCUGGGCUGGGUGAGUUCUGCUGGGGCAGAGCCGGCCCGGAGCAAUGGGGCCGAGCCUGCUGGGAGCCACCAUCCUCCUCUGCCUGGUUGGUGUCUUCCAGGCCUUUGCCAUUGAGAAGAAAGGGGAUGUGUUCAAGAAGAUGGCAUGUCCCACCUUCCUGACAUUUGAGAACGUCGCCUACUUGGCAGACAUGACCUUCGAGCUGCCCUGCAAGUGCAAACCUGAGGAGGUCUCUUCUGUCGUCUGGUACUUCCAGAAGAACCUGCGCGGCCGCAAGACCACGGUGCUGACGGACUUCAUCGGCACCAUGGUGCUGGACUCCAGCCAUGUCCCCGCAGGCAGCAACCUGCUGAAGCGCUUCAGCAUCCACAUGUUCAGCCUCAUCAUGUUCCGGGCCCAGGUGAGGGAUUCUGGGCACUACCUGUGCGGCUCCAAGGAAGGGCGCUUCCCGCGCCUCCACGGCCCUGAGGUGGCUGUCCAGAGCUGCUUGGCGCUGUGCCUGCCCAAGGAGAAUAUUGGGGAGAAGCCCGUGUCCCCAUCCCAAACUGACCUGGUGAUCAUGUGCCCGGGGGCCCGCCCGGAGCACACCGUGGGCUGGGACAAGGACUCGGUCCGGCUCUACCGCUCCCAGUACCUCGUGGGUGUUGGGAAGGGCAUGAGGGUCUUCUUCGACCUCGGGAACCACUUGCACAUCCUGCGGGUGCGCAGGAGCGACAGGGGCACCUACUUCUGCUGAAGGGACGGCGAGAUGAUGGCGGGAUUCUGGCUCAGCAUCACCUUCCCGGCUCAGCACCGGCGCGACCCCGAGUCCAUCUUCAUCAUGAAGGCCGUGGGCAUCAGCUUCGCCGUCAUCACCAGCAUCUUCUUCCUCGCCCACCUGGGCCACUGCUGCUGGUGGGCGCUCAGGAAACUGGCCAGGUUGUAGCGUCUCCCCUGCAGGGCACUUGGAUGCCUCGGAUCAUCCUCCUGUUGGAAAUCUCCGAUGUUCUGACUGUUUUUUCUUUGCUUUCGACUUUUCAAAGGAAAAAUAUUUUUCAAAUUAACCUGGUGAUUAAACAUCUCUGGUUCUGGGGCUGUUUUGAACUCGCCCAACUCAGCACAGAGUUGGGAGUCAA